AAACGAGGUGGCAUUACUCGUCUUCGUCACAUAUCACCAUCAUCAGUUGACUAUUCUGUGUCUACAGUAAGAGGAAGCAGCAGGGGCACGACGGGAGACUAAUUUGACUAGUCUCUUCUCUUACUCAUUCAACCCACCAAUUCUCCAUAUAUCUCCACACCUGUAAAUCCCCAAUUCCAAUCCCAAUUCCAAUCACAAUUUCAUUUCAGCAAUACAAUGAACGAUCUAUUCUCCGGAUCCUUCCGCGGCGGCGAUCAGUCCCCGCCGCUGACUCACAACAUCGAGCUCUCCGGCGUGAAUCUGGACCGCUUCUUCGAGGACGUGGAGGCGGUGAAGGACGAGCUCCGCGACCUAGAAUCGCUCCACAGCCAGCUCCAGACCUCCCAUGACCAGAGCAAAACCCUACACAACGCCAAGGCGAUCAAGGACCUCCGAUCACGCAUGGACGCCGACGUCUCCGCCGCGCUGAAGAAGGCCAAGCUCGUCAAGGUCCGCCUCGAGGCGCUCGACCGCUCCAACGCCGCCAACCGUAGCCUCCCCGGCUGCGGGCCGGGCAGCUCCUCCGAUCGGACGCGCACGUCCGUCGUGAACGGGCUCCGGAAGAAGCUCAGCGAGGCGAUGAACCGAUUCAGCGAUCUCCGGCAGCGGAUGGGCGGAGAGUACCGCGAGACAGUGCAACGGCGGUACUACACCGUAACAGGGGAGAAUCCGGAGGAGAAGGUGCUGGAUCGGCUGAUCGAGACAGGGGAGAGUGAGACGUUUUUACAGAAGGCGAUCCAGCAGCAGGGGAGGGGGCAGGUGAUGGAGGCGAUCAUGGAGAUCCAGGAGCGGCACGACGCGGUGAAGGAGAUGGAGAGGAAUCUGAGGGAGCUGCAUCAGGUGUUUAUGGAUAUGGCGGUGCUGGUGCAGAGCCAGGGGGAGCAGCUCGAUGACAUCGAGAGCCAGGUCAAUCGGGCAAGCUCGUUCGUGAGGGGCGGGACGGAGCAGCUUCAGGUUGCGAGGAAGCAUCAGAAGAAUACUAGGAAAUGGGCGUGUUUUGGGAUUAUUUUGCUGCUUAUUGUUAUUUUGAUCAUCGUUCUCUCCUUACGCCCAUGGCAGAAGUGAUCGUGAUCGUGAUCAUUCUUUUUAUUUUGUUGGGUGUGCUUUGUGCAAUAUGAUUUCUUCAUUUUUGUUUCUUCAUUGCAUUGCAUUGCAUUUUAUCCGACAUAUUUCUUUGCUAUCUCUCGAUCAUUAUUCAUUGUUGAAUUGUUAGGGAUCCAACUGUAUUUACCAAACUCAA